AUGAAUGGAAAUGCUGAUAAGCCAGUCAUUAAAUCCUUGUUGGAUACGGAUUUAUACAAAUUGUUUAUGCAUGCAGCAGUCAAUAAGCAGUUUCCUGAUGUCCCUGUGAAAUACAGAUAUACAAAUAGAACUCCUCAAUUGAAAUUGAAUGGCAAAGCUAUAUCGUGGUUGAAAAAGCAAAUUGAUUAUUUGGGCAAUUUAAGAUUUUCUGCUGAAGAGAUUCUGUAUUUGCACAAAGUGUUGCCACAAUUACCAUCCGAGUAUUUAGAAUAUUUGGUUGACUUCAAGUUGGACCCUUCGUCACAGAUCAAGUACUUGGAUAACAAUAAUGAUGACUUUGAGUUGGAAAUUAUUGGUAAGUGGAAUGAUACUAUACUUUACGAGAUUCCAUUAUUGGCAUUAGUGUCCGAAGCGUAUUUUAAGUUUGUUGACACUGACUGGAAUUACGAAGGGCAGUACGCUUUAGCACAAGAAAAGACCAAGGAACUUAUUACCAAUGAAUGUAAUUUCAGUGAAUUUGGAACUAGAAGAAGAAGAUCAUAUGAGUCACAAGAAAUUGUUAUCAAGGCAAUCAAAGAUGUGCAAAUAGAAACACAAUCAAAGUUCAUCGCUGGUACAUCGAACGUUUAUUUUGCUAUGAAAUAUGAUUUACCACCCAUUGGCACUGUUGCACAUGAAUGGUAUAUGGGAAUCGCAUCAAUCACACAAGAUUAUGUUCAUGCAAAUAAAUUGGCCAUGGAUUAUUGGAUCGAUACCUUUGGUGCUAAAUAUGCAGGGUUGGCCUUGACAGAUACUUUUGGAACAGACAACUACUUGACAAUGUUUGUUGCUCCUUAUGUGAAUGAAUACGCUGGUGUUAGACAAGAUUCGGGGGAUCCUGAAUUGUAUGCUGAGAAAAUAGCUGGCCACUACGAAAAAUUGGGUAUAGCGAAAAAUAGCAAGAUCAUUUGUUUCAGUGACUCCUUGAACGUUGAAAAAUGUUUAAAAUACAAAAAUACAGCAGAUAAAUUGGGAUUGAUUAGCACUUUUGGAAUUGGUACGUUUUUCACAAACGAUUUCAAUAAGUUGUCAAAUGGUGAAAAGUCUCAGCCAAUGAACAUUGUCAUUAAAAUUAAGGAGGCAAAUGGCAAGCCAGCCAUUAAAAUUAGUGACAAUAUUGGAAAGAAUAUGGGUGAUCAAGCCACUGUUGAUAGAGUCAAACGAGAAUUGGGAUAUACAGAGCAGACAUGGUCUGAAGGAGACGAAACCCAUAGAUGGACUAAGUAG